AUGAGGUUUUUUUCUCGCUGUCUUUUAAAUAGAUGUACCAUCUAUCGGGGAUCACAAUCAUUUUAUCACUCAAAAACUGGAGUGUAUGGCUAUAUUCCGCAGGAAACGACACACGUGGAGGUUCUCUCUCCAGAAACUGUCACCAAAAGGCUUCAGAAUCUUAAUGUUUAUACUUUAACGAAAAACUAUCGACAACAUGGACACAAAUUAGCAACAUUGGAUCCACUUGGCUUGAAGUCUUUACCUCUCUUCUCCCCUCUCUUUCUUUCUUUCUUUCUUUCUUCAGUCUCUUCUCCCCUCUCUUUCUUUCUUUCUUUCUUUCUUUCUUCAGUCUCUUCUCCCCUCUCUUUCUUUCUUUCUUUCUCAGUCUCUUCUCCCCUCUCUUUCUUUCUUUCUUUCUUCAGUCUCUUCUCCCCUCUCUUUCUUUCUUUCUUUCUCCAGUCUCUUCUCCCAUCUCUUUCUUUCUUUCUCCAGUCUCUUCUCCCAUCUCUUUCUUUCUUUCUUUCUCCAGUCUCUUCUCCCCUCUCUUUCUUUCUUUCUUUCUCCAGUCUCUUCUCCCCUCUCUUUCUUUCUUUCUUUCUCCAGUCUCUUCUCCCUCUCUUUCUUUCUUUCUUUCUCAGUCUCUUCUCCCUCUCUUUCUUUCUUUCUUUCUCAGUCUCUUCUCCCUCUCUUUCUUUCUUUCUUUCUUUCUUCUCCAGUUUCUUUCCCCUUUCUUUCUUUCUUUCUCCAGUCUCUUCUCCCUUCUCUUUUUUUUUCUUUCUUUCUUUCUCAGUUUCUUCUCCCCUUUCUUUCUUUCUUUCUCCAGUCUCUUCAGUUUCUCUUUCUUUCUUUCUUUCUUUCUCCAGUCUCUUCUCCCUUUCUUUUCUUUUUUCUUUCUUUCUUUCUUUCUUCAGUUUCUUCUCCCCUUUCUUUCUUUCUUUCUUCAGUUUCUUCUCCCCUCUCUUUCUUUCUUUUUUCAGUCUCUUCUCCCUUCUCUUUUUUUCUUUCUCCAGUCUCUUCUCCCUCUCUUUCUUUCUUUCUUUUUCCAGUCUCUUCUCCCUUCUCUUUCUUUCUUUCUUUCUCAGUCUCUUCUCCCCUCUUUCUUUCUUUCUUUUCUUUCUUUCUUUUCUCCAGUCUCUUCUCCCUCUCUUUCUUUCUUUCUUUCUCCAGUCUCUUCUCCCCUCUCUUUCUUUCUUUCUUUCUUUCUUUCUUUCUCCAGUCUCUUCUCCCCUCUUUCUUUCUUUCUUUCUUUCUUUCUCCAGUCUCUUCUCCCCUCUCUUUCUUUCUUUCUUUCUUUCUCCAGUCUCUUCUCCCCUCUCUUUCUUUCUUUCUUUCUUUCUCCAGUCUCUUCUCCCCUCUCUUUCUUUCUUUCUUUCUCCAGUUUCUUCUCCCUUUCUUUCUUUCUUUCUUUCUUUUUCUUUCUUUCUUUCUUUUCUUUAUCAGUCUCUUCUCCCUCUCUUUCUUUCUUUCUUUCUUUAUCCAGUCUCUUCUCCCCUCUUUCUUUCUUUCUUUCUUUCUUUAUCCAGUCUCUUCUCCCUCUCUUUCUUUCUUUCUUUCUUUCUCCAGUUUCUUCUCCCCUUUCUUUCUUUCUUUCUCCAGUCUCUUCUCCCUUCUCUUUCUUUCUUUCUUUCUUUCUCCAGUCUCUUCUCCCCUUUCUUUCUUUCUUUCUUUCUUUCUUUCUUUUCUUUUCUUUCUUCAGUCUCUUCUCCCCUCUCUUUCUUUCUUUCUUUCUCCAGUCUCUUCUCCCCCUCUUUCUUUCUUUCUUUCUUUCUCCAGUCUCUUCUCCCUCUCUUUCUUUCUUUCUUUCUCCAGUCUCUUCUCCCCUCUCUUUCUUUCUUUCUUUCUCCAGUCUCUUCUCCCCUCUCUUUCUUUCUUUCUUUCUCCAGUCUCUUCUCCCCUCUCUUUCUUUCUUUCUUUCUUUCUCCAGUCUCUUCUCCCCUCUCUUUCUUUCUUUCUUUCUUUUCUCAGUCUCUUCUCCCCUCUCUUUCUUUCUUUCUUUCUUUUCUCCAGUCUCUUCUCCCCUCUUUCUUUCUUUCUUUUUUUCUUUCUUUCUCCAGUCUCUUCUCCCUCUCUUUCUUUCUUUUCUUUCUUUCUUUCUCCAGUCUCUUCUCCCCUCUCUUUCUUUCUUUCUUUCUUUCUCAGUCUCUUCUCCCCUCUCUUUCUUUCUUUUUCUUUCUCCAGUCUCUUCUCCCUCUCUUUCUUUCUUCUCUUUUCUCUUUCUUUCUCCAGUCUCUUCUCCCCUCUCUUUCUUUCUCCAGUCUCUUCUCCCCUCUCUUUCUUUCUCCAGUCUCUUCUCCCCUCUCUUUUAUUCUUUUAUUUGGUCUCCUCUCCUCUCUUUCUUUCCUUCCCCACUCUUCUCUCUCCUUUCUUUCUUUCCUUCCCUGCUCUCCUCUGUACUGA